CAUUUAUUUGUCUAAAAUAAAGUUCACAAACAACUAUAAAAUGGAUUUUGGCCAAACUGAAAACCGCAUUAGCUGUGGCACCACAAUUUUGGCCAUGGAGUUCGAUGGGGGCGUUGUUAUCGGCGCAGAUUCUCGCACCAGUUGCCAAUAUUAUGUCACGAAUCGGGUGGCCGAUAAGCUGACACGGCUCACGGAUAAGAUUUACUGCUGUCGCAGUGGGGCGGCGGCGCAGACUCAGGAGUUGGCCGACAACGUGGCCAGCACGCUGUACUCCCUGGAGUUGGCAUUGGGCGAGCCGGCGCUGGUUCGCGAUGCCGCUGUGCAAUUCCGUAACAGAAUCUAUGCCGCUCGCAAGACGAUGCUGGCCGGCAUGAUUGUUGCCGGCUGGGAUCAGCGGCAGGGUGGCCAGGUAUAUGGUGUGCCCAUAACCGGGCUCCUGGUACGCGAACCCUGCUGCGUUGCCGGCUCCGGUUCGACACAUGUGAAUGGCUAUCUAACCGCCCAUUAUCGACCCGGCAUGAAUCAGGACGAAGCCGUGACUCUGGCCCGGAACGCGGUGCUGAUGGCCAUUCAUCAUGAUUGCAGCACGGGUGGCGUGAUACGCAUUGGCGUCAUCAACGAGACUGGCAUGCACUCCAGGAUCUGCUAUCACGACGAUCCCGAGGUGCUUCAGUUUGCCAGCGACCUUCUGUGGUUCACUGAAUUUGGCAACUGCUGAGUGAAAGAUUAUAUUUCUAACAAUUAACAGCUUCAUAUAUUUUUUUUUGCUGGUAUUCUUCAAUCAACAAUUUCCAAAUAUCAAAUUUGUUAAUAUUUUUUUUUUGGUUUCUUGUCAAACCGUUUGCAGCAACUUCAUUUACAUACAACUUUCUUCAACUAUAAUAAAAUAUUAAAUUAUGCU